AUGGUGGCCCCGAUGUGCGGCUCCCGGGGCGCUCGCCGGGCGCGGGCGCGGGCGCUGGCCCUGGUACUGGCCCUACUGGUCGGGCUAUUCCUGAGCGACCUGACGGGCGCGAUCCCGGCCCCGGGGAGCCGCGGGGGCCACGACGGGCCGGUGCCCCCCGCCUCCCGCUGCCGCUCGGUGCUCCUGGACCCCGGGACCGGCCAGCUGCGCCUGGUGGACGGCCGGCACCCCGAGGCCGUGGCCUGGGCCAACCUCACCAACGCCAUCCACGAGACCGGGUGGGCCUUUCUGGAACUGCACACCGAUGGCCGCUACAAUGACAGCCUGCAAGCCUAUGCUGCAGGUGUGGUGGAGGCUGCCGUGACCGAGGAGCUCAUCUACAUGCACUGGAUGAACACGGUGGUGAAUUACUGCGGCCCAUUCGAGUACGAAGUCGGCUACUGUGAGAAGCUCAAGAGCUUCCUGGAGACCAACCUGGAGUGGAUGCAGGCGGAGAUGGAGUCGAAGAAGAACUCCGCUUACUGGCACCAGGUGCGGCUGACCCUCCUGCAGCUGAAAGGCCUAGAGGACAGCUAUGAAGGCAGUGUGGCCUUUCCAACUGGGCAGUUCACCAUCAAACCCUUGGGGUUCCUCCUGUUACAGAUCUCUGGGGACCUGGAAGACUUAGAGCCAGCCCUGAAUAAGACCAGGACCAAGCACGUCCUGGGCUCGGGCUCCUGCUCUGCCCUCAUCAAGCUGCUGCCAGGCCAAAGCGACCUCCUUGUGGCCCAUAACACCUGGAACUCCUACCAGCACAUGCUGCGCAUCAUCAAAAAGUACCAGUUCUACUUCCGGGAAGGCCCCCAAGAGCCCUCUCCGCUGGUGCCCGGCAAUGAGCUUGUCUUCUCGUCCUACCCCGGUACCAUCUUCUCCUGUGACGACUUCUACAUCCUUGGCAGCAGGCUGGUAACACUGGAGACCACCAUUGGCAACAGGAACUCGGCCCUCUGGAAGUACGUGCAGCCCAGAGACUGUGUGCUGGAGUGGGUGCGCAACCUCGUGGCCAACCGCCUGGCCUCGGACGGGGCCUCCUGGGCAGACAUCUUCAAGAACUAUAACAGUGGCACGUACAACAACCAGUGGAUGAUCGUGGACUACAAGGCAUUCGUGCCCGGCGGGCCCAGUCCUGGGAGCAGGGUGCUGACCAUCUUGGAGCAGCUCCCGGGCAUGGUGGUGGUGGCCGACAAGACCUCGGAGCUCUACCAGAAGACCUACUGGGCCAGCUACAACGUCCCGUCCUUCGAGUCUGUGUUCAACGCCAGCGGGCUGCCGGCCCUGGUGGCUCGCUUCGGGAACUGGUUCUCCUACGACGAGAAUCCCCGGGCCCAGAUUUUCCAGCGGAACCACUCGAUGGUGCACGACAUGGAAUCCAUGCUCCAGCUUCUGAGGUACAACGACUUCCUCCACGACCCCCUGUCACUGUGCAAGGACUGCAGGCCCCAGCCCAACGGGGAGAACGCCAUCUCCGCCCGCUCCGACCUCAACCCGGCCAACGGCUCCUACCCCUUCCAGGCCCUGAAGCAGCGCUCCCAUGGAGGCAUCGACACCAAGGUGACCAACAUGGCCCUGUCCAAGCUCUUGGGCAUGCUGGCGGUCAGCGGCCCCACGUGGGACCAGGUGCCCCCGUUCCAGUGGAGCACCUCGCCCUUCAGCGAGCUGCUGCACAUGGGCCAGCCCGACCUCUGGAAGUUCUCGCCCAUACGAGUCUGGUGGGACUGAGGCGCCGCCUCUCCUCUGCUGCCUUCUGCCCCUGCUGUGCCCAGCAGGCCACUCCUGCCCCGCCCCCCCGUGGGCUGUGCCCUGCUGUACCCAACCUGCCCCCUGGGUCUGCCAGGGUCGUCUUCCUGGGGCUGGCUCCCAGGGUGGGAUACAGAGCCCGAGGGUGCAGGUGAACUCGUUCUCCCCUGCGAGCGGGUGGUGCCUUCCCUCUCCUCUGUCUUCCCGGGUCUGCCUGUCUCUCCUCUCUGGGCUUCUCUCUCCCACCCUGGAGCCCCCGCCUCAGGCGGCCCCUCCUGAAGCUUUGGGAAGGGCCCUGGAGUCAGGUUCUGGGCCCCCAGUGGGACAGGACGGGACUGUUCUGGUCCUUUCCUUCCAGGGUCACUCCUGUCGGUGACCCUGGAUCUCCUGCGGGGCCUCGGCCCCUGCGACUUGGGCAUUACUUCCAGGCACUCCUCCUGGCCCCGGCUGCAGCCCUCUCCUUCUUUGGGAGGGAACCCCCAGUCCCCCCUUCUGGGCAGCUUCCUCGGGGACAGAAACUUGAAAACAAACAAAAACCAAAGUUUCUGGCAACUUGUGUUGGGAGGCCUGAACUCUCUGGGGACUGGCGCUGCCGCCAGCCCCCAUGCUCCAGCUCAUGCCCCUCCGCCCGCCAACCUGGGCCUGCCCUGGGCUCAGGCUGGUGCCCACAGCUCCCCUGCUCUAGAACAGUCGCAGGCUGUGCUGCCAUUAAAGGAGAGAGGCUGAGACCCAUGUGCUGUGCUGUUUGGGGCAGUGAGGGAGACUGGGGCAGCGCUAGCUCUCUCAGGCUGGGGUUCUAUACUCCCACCGCUGUAUCUUCCUGUCCAUCCUUCUGUCUGCCCAUCUAUGCAUUGAUGUCUCUGCCAACCCUCACUCAUUGUAUAAUUAUUGUCCAUCCACCCACCCACCCAUC